UGGAGCAGCAGGAGGAGGAGGAUGCCGCCAGGCGACGAGGACCGCGCGCGCCUGGGUCGCCGCCGCCGCCGGGGGGACCUUCUGCUGAGCCAGCUGUGCUUCCUGGCCUCGGUGGCGCUGCUGCUCUGGUCGCUGUCGAGCUUGAGGGAGCGGAAGGAGCUUGACCUCAUGGACCUCAUAGGAGAAGACAGAAAGUGGAUGGUGGGGAGGAAGCUAAUGCAGAUCAAUGACUCUCUGGUUUCUGAAGAUGCAGGACUCCGAAGCAGCAAGAACUGCACUGAACCAGCGCUCCACGAAUUUCCCAAUGACAUCUUCACCAACGAGGACAGAAGACAAGGGGCGGUGGUCCUCCAUGUGCUCUGUGCCAUGUAUAUGUUCUACGCCCUGGCCAUUGUGUGUGAUGACUUCUUUGUCCCCUCCUUGGAAAAGAUCUGUGAGCGCCUGAACCUCAGUGAAGAUGUGGCAGGGGCCACGUUCAUGGCAGCAGGCAGUUCGGCGCCAGAACUGUUCACGUCAGUCAUAGGCGUGUUCAUCACCAAGGGCGAUGUUGGCGUGGGCACCAUCGUGGGCUCAGCUGUGUUCAAUAUCCUGUGCAUCAUUGGUGUCUGCGGGCUCUUUGCAGGGCAGGUGGUAGCCCUGUCCUCCUGGUGCCUGCUGAGGGACUCCAUCUACUACACACUGUCCGUGGUCGCUCUCAUCGUGUUCAUAUAUGAUGAAAAAGUCUCUUGGUGGGAGUCUUUAGUCCUCGUGCUGAUGUAUCUCAUCUACAUUGUCAUCAUGAAAUAUAAUGCGUGCAUACAUCAGUGCUUCGAAAGGAGGACAAAAGGUGCUGGGAACAUGGUCAAUGGAUUGGCCAACAAUGCUGAGAUUGAUGACAGCAGCAACUGUGAUGCAACCGUGGUGCUACUUAAGAAAGCCAAUUUCCACCGCAAAGCAUCAGUGAUCAUGGUGGACGAGCUGCUGUCGGCCUACCCACACCAGCUAUCUUUCUCUGAGGCUGGCCUGCGGAUCAUGAUCACAAGCCACUUCCCCCCCAAGACCCGGCUCUCCAUGGCCAGUCGCAUGCUGAUCAAUGAGAGACAAAGACUAAUUAACAGCAGAGCUUACACCAAUGGGGAAUCUGAGGUGGCCAUCAAGAUUCCAAUUAAACACACCGUAGAGAAUGGAACGGGGCCCAGCAGCGCCCCUGACAGGGGCGUGAACGGGACUCGGAGAGACGAUGUUGUCGCCGAGGCUGGCAACGAGACAGAGAAUGAAAAUGAGGACAAUGAGAACAAUGAAAAUGACGAAGAGGAAGAGGAGGACGAGGAUGAUGACGAAGGACCGUACACGCCAUUCGACCCCCCCUCCGGCAAACUGGAAACAGUAAAAUGGGCAUUCACCUGGCCCCUGAGUUUCGUGUUAUACUUCACUGUCCCCAACUGCAACAAGCCCCGCUGGGAGAAAUGGUUCAUGGUGACGUUUGCUUCCUCCACGCUGUGGAUUGCAGCCUUCUCCUACAUGAUGGUGUGGAUGGUCACGAUCAUUGGCUACACGCUGGGGAUCCCAGAUGUCAUCAUGGGCAUCACUUUUCUAGCCGCUGGAACCAGCGUGCCUGACUGCAUGGCCAGCCUCAUCGUGGCCAGACAAGGGAUGGGGGACAUGGCCGUGUCCAACUCCAUUGGCAGCAAUGUGUUUGACAUCCUGAUCGGGCUGGGUCUCCCCUGGGCGCUGCAGACACUGGCUGUGGACUACGGAUCCUAUAUUCGACUGAACAGCAGGGGGCUCAUCUACUCCGUGGGACUGCUCCUGGCCUCUGUCUUUGUCACGGUAUUUGGCGUCCACCUGAACAAGUGGCAGCUGGACAAGAAGCUGGGCUGCGGGUGCCUCUUCCUGUACGGCGUGUUCCUCUGCUUCUCCAUCAUGACGGAGUUCAACGUGUUCACCUUCGUGAACUUGCCCAUGUGUGGGGACCACUGAUCGCGGCCACCGAAGAGGCCCGCCGGGCUCCUUCCUUCCGUGCAAUAUGAGACUGGCCACCCCCUGAGUCGCGCUGGCCUUGGGGCUGCGGUGCCGUCUCUUCCGUGCUGUCCACAGGCCUCCACUCCAGCCCUGGUGGCUCCGGUGUCCCUGCCAUGUCCCCGGCUCCCCGCCUCCUGGUCCUACCUCCCGCUGCCCCUCCCCGUGAAGACAUCCAACACCCACGUGAAUUCCAAGCUCCCUUUCUGAAUGGUGACUGAGAUUCUAGAACAAAACUGGCUGCUAACUGGCCUGAGCCAGGCACAACUUACUAUGGUCCCUCCUCCUUUUUUAAGUUAUUUGAUGAAAGACUACCCUAAUUUAUGACCUGAGACUGUGGAAGAAAUAGAGAGGAGAGGAACCACGAUGACAGGGAGUGUUUGGGAUGGCAUUGGCUUGGGAGGCAAUUCCUAGGUUGCUGGGUUUAGGGGUUGUUUUGUUUUGGGGGGCUCCCCCUUCUAUUCCUUUUCUUCCAGAGGUGGAGGGCUUCCCUUGCGCCAUCUCUCACUGGGCUCCGGAGUGGUAACACAGGCGGCGUGCGUGUCCUCAGGGGUGACCCCGGCCUGCGAAGUUGCAUGGAUUAGUGCUUAGUCCAGGACUGCUGGGCUGGCUGAGGCCACUGAGAACAAAUGCCUGACAUUUUCUGCCCUAGGACACCUGGCUACCGUCCCAGGUGUUACCUACAGGGUGCAAGGUGUUGGAGGAAGAGGAACACUUCCCACACCUUCCCUCCCAGCAUCUCCUCCUCAUAGGUUCUUUCUAGUUUUUCAAGCAAUAGUUCUAGCCGGCCUGAGGCCUUUGACCCAGGGCCCUGGGGAGACCGUCCAUCCGAAAGGCACCAGGCAGCACCCACAGAAACUUCCCCCAUGCGUGAGACCUUGAGAUGUGCUCUUCUUGCUUGGUAUUUGGGGUGACAGGGAGUGACCCAGAGGCCACCACUGCUAUCCAGGCGGGAGUUACAGACACUGGUUUCUUGGAAAAUGGAGAGAAGCGCAUUUUUGCACAGACCUCGUCAAUUGAGUCCCGGUUUGCCACUUGGUAUCGAGUACACUGGACCCUGAUGGCUGGCUCUUGGGCAGACCCCUGCCUCGUGCCGCCACCGCCACGCUGGCCCGGCUCCACCCUCUGUUCCUGAGGGCUGGCCGGGAAAGCGGACCCCAGGAAACCACAGAAUGUGUUCAACGCGGACUCACUCUAGGGCAUCAGUUGUUGCGAGGGUUUUUGCCAAUCACUGCUCAACAGCCCUGCUCUCUUUCGUACGAUGCUGAAUCAUUACACAGACUAAUUCCACCGAGCUGAGGCCCACCCAUGCUUGUUACACUUGUAUUUAUUGAAACUGUGGAUUCUUGCCCGUGCUGUCCCUUGCAUUUACUUUAAGCACUGAUCACGUAGCCCAUUCAUUCGGUAUGGUUUUCCCAGCCCCUUGUACACAUUCUGGUAUGAAUUGUAAGAAUAACCUGCUACCAAUGGGGUGAAUGUUUCUGUCUGGGGUGCAGAUUGAGGGCAGCGUCAGCCAAGGGCAUGCCCGCCCAGCCGGGGAGUGGGAGAGGGGUCCACCCACCUGGGCUCCCGGAGCUGAGACAUACUUACUGAUUCUGUUGCACAUUUUGCACUGGUUUAUGGCGAUUGUUUUCUUGGAUGGAUAGUGUAAAAUAAACUUCUCUGUUCUGUAUCCUCCCUGGA